GCAGCAGCAGAACAGCAGAAGCAGAAGCAAAAGCAGCAGCAGCUUUUGCUAGAACGAGAGGCAAGCAACAAAAGUUUACACGCAUAAAUUGCGUAGCAAACUGAAUACUGAACAAAUUCGAGAAAUACGGGCGGACAGGCAGAAAUACACAUGCUAAAUAAGCAGCGAUAAAUUUGCCACGAAAUGUCAACUUUAACUAAAAACAACAAAUAAUUAACAAACACUGCCAUAUUGCAACAAAUUAGCAGCUGAAUAACUGCACAAGCUGAACAACAACAACUACAAUAACCGAAACUACCUCGUUGCGGGCCACAAACACACACAUAUAUACAAUUUGUGGCUAACAACUACAACUAUAAAGUUUGAUAUUGCUGAAAACACAAGACCAAAACGCAUUUGCCGCAUUUUCAAUGCACACAAGGAAAAUGGCACAAACGACGCACAAGACAACUUGAGCUGAAUAAAUAGGGAAAGCAACAGGCAGCUAAAGUUGAAGGCUAAGGCAUAAGAAGAGGGCUAGCAGUGCAAUAGCCAAGCAACAAGUGGAUAUUACGUAUACGCAACGCGUGGCAGUUAGAAUGAAGAGUCUUGGCGAUGUGGAGGCGCCGCCACCAGCAGCAGCAGCAGCAGCAGCCGCCAGCAAUGGCAACACACAGGCAAAACAGCUAAAGCCAAGCAAUGGCAAUGGCCACGCCCAGUCACAUGAGACGCCCGCGAAUGGCAAUGGCAAUGGCCAUGGCUAUACAACAAAUGGCGCUGCCGCAGGAGCGCGCAGAGACUCGACGCAAGCGUUUACACCGCUGCUGGCGCAGGUUGAGGGCAAUGCCACGCCCACUACAGUGCUGUACGAGAGCACGCCCAGCAACAACAACGAAUGGAAGGCAGCCGAGGAUAUUCACAACCUAAAGAAUGGACUGCUCAGCAACAACAAUGGCAAUGGUCACAACAAUGCACACAACUAUGCGCACGAACAGGCGCCACUCACAGGCAAAUACAAGCUGCCCGCUGCUCGCACCAGCGAAUCCGAGGAGUCGGACUUUGACUCGGACUUGCAGGCGGACAGCUCGGCAGCCAGCUGUGGACUGUUUGGCUGUCGCCCACGCUGGGCGCGUCGCUUUGCCUCGACGCACGUGUUCAUGGUGGUGUUCCUGCUCGCCUACAUACUGCAGGGCAUGUACAUGACGUACUUCGUCUCUGUGAUCACCACCAUUGAGAAGCUCUUUCAGAUCAAGUCCAAGACGACGGGCUUUCUGCUCAGCGCCAGCGAAAUGGGCCAGAUUAGCACCGCCAUGCUGUUAACCUAUUUUGCGGGGCGUGGUCAUCGUCCACGUUGGAUUGCCUGCGGCAUGGUGUUGUUCUCCAUUGCCGCCUUUGCCUGCGCCUUGCCGCACUUCAUCUUUGGCGAGCAGCUGAUGCAGUCGAGCGUGUUUCUCAAGCCGCAAUCGUCGCAGCUGUGGAGCGACGGCAUGGGCAAUCUUACCGAUCCGAAUCUCUGCCUGCUGGGCGGCAAUGGCACCGCCGCGGGCAGCGAGUGCAAUGAGCAGCGUCAGCUGGAGCAGGCCUCGCACUCCAAGAUUACGGUCAUAGUGCUCUGCAUUUUCUUUGGCAGCCUGCUGAGCUCGGGCAUUGGCCAGACGGCGGUGGCCACGCUGGGCAUACCCUACAUAGACGACAAUGUGGGCAGCAAGCAGUCGCCUAUGUAUAUGGCGGUUACCAUAGGCAUGCGCAUACUUGGACCUGCGUCCGGUUUCAUUGUGGGCAGCUUCUGCACGCGCUGGUAUGUGAACUUCACCAAUCCGGGCUUUGAUGCCAGCGAUCCGCGCUGGAUUGGCGCCUGGUGGCUGGGACCGGUGGCCAUAGGCAGUCUCAUGCUGCUCGCAUCCAUUGCCAUGUUCUCGUUCCCCAAGCAGCUGCGCGGCAAGCAACAAUCGCAGUCAGCAGCUGCCGCUGUCGCCGCCGCCGCCGCCGCUGCACCGGCAGAGGAGGAGAAGCCCAAGCUCAAGGAUUUUCCCAAGACUGUGCGUCGCCAGCUGAGCAAUGAUAUACUCAUGUUCCGCACUGCCUCGUGCGUCUUUCAUCUGCUGCCCAUUGCCGGACUGUACACGUUUUUGCCCAAGUAUCUGGAGACGCAGUUCCGCUUGGCCACCUAUGAUGCCAACAUGAUUGCCGCCUUUUGCGGCAUUCUUGUCAUGGGCAUCGGCAUUGUAAUCUCAGGUUUGUUCAUACUGAAGCGCAAGCCCACAGCCAAAGGCGUCGCCGCCUGGAUUGCCUUCACGGCUUUGGUCUAUUCCGCCGGCAUGAUUAUACUCAUGUUCAUUGGCUGCAGCACCAACGAUUUCGCCGGCUACAAGCCAGGCGACGUCAAAGGGCUUACUAUGAAUGAGCCCGCCUGCAGCGCCGCACGCAAUUGUACCUGUGAUAAUGAGAACUUUGCGCCUAUUUGCGGCCACGAUGGCAAAAUGUACAUUUCGGCCUGCCAUGCCGGCUGCAGCAGCUCGACGCUGCGUUCCAGCGACAAUCGCACACUCUACUCCGACUGUGCUUGCAUUCCAGAUGUUGCUGAGGCAGUGAAUGGCUACUGUGAUAAUAACUGCAAGAACUUCAUCUACUUUAUACUGAUAUUUGCCAUUUGCGUAUUUAUGCACUCCACCUCUGAGGUGGGCAGCAUGCUGCUUGUCAUGCGCUGUACACAUCCUAAAGAUAAAGCCAUGGCCAUGGGUGUUAUACAGUCAGCCAUUGGCUUGUUUGGUAAUGUUCCUUGUCCUAUUAUCUAUGGCGCUGUAGUGGACUCGGCCUGUUUACUCUGGAAGUCAGUUUGUGGCAAACAUGGUGCUUGCUCUCUCUACGAUGCCGACACCUUCAGGCACUACUUUUUGGGCAUUACGGCUGGCAUUAUGUUUCUAGCGUUUCUAAUGGAUCUUGUUGUGUGGCGCAAGGCACAUCGCAUUGAUAUUGCGCCGGAUCAUCAGGAAGGUCCACAGGCGCCUUCAACUGCUGGAACAGGCACGCGGUCAUUGGAUAUUAGUGAAUCCAUGCAUGGCAAAUCGGAUGCUUAAAAUAGUUAAAUUUGGCUUGGCUAUCAUACCAAGAACAUUUACCCCUCUACUCCCAGAGUGGUUCUAGUGGCCGAUCAUACUCCACGAAGAAGAUUUCCAAUAAAUGUUUACCUUAAUUGUUAAUUAGUUAUCAUUUUGUCUAGUUUGUUAGUCUAGUUGCAAGAGUUAUGUAUUUAGUUAAGCUAAGUGGCAUUUUUGGACGCAAUUAACGAGCCAGAAAACCUCAUUUAACGUAAACUUAAGCGCUGCAUGUUAACUUGUAUUCUUUUGCGUAAAUCUCAAGCGUUGGGAAUUUGUAUGUCAACUAACGUUUAACUAGCACUAAUAUGUAAGGCGCUCUCGCUCUUUUUUCUACAAAUGCAUGUGUAACUCUUUUAUUGAAGAUAAAUCUACGGAAUAACAUCUUAUGCAUGUUUUUUGAUGUAAUUCUAAUGUAUCGAUUUAUAUAUAUGUAUACAUUUUAUAUAUAAUUGCAACCUAUCUGUGGUAGUUAAAUUUUAGUUAAAAUUCAAAAUAUAUGUGUAUGUUAAUGCAUAAGAAUGUCAUAUAAGCAAAUACGAAAA